AUGACGACCCUUCACUACCUUCCCCCCGUGAAGCCCUCCGCGAUCGCGAUGGGCACCUUCUUCACCCACACCGCGUCGCUGGGCAUCCUCGCCCCCGUCUUCGGCGACACCUACCACCGCGCCCAAGCCGCCAACUCGAAGGAGGAAUUCCUCAAGUCCAAGGAGGCUGCCGGUGCCGCCGCGGCCUGGGGUAGCUCCCUGGUGGGCAGUGCCGUGCAGACGUACGGCGUGGCGGCGUUGAUCAACGCGACUGGAACAUUAAGCUACAAGGGCGCCGCCUACCUUGGCAGCUUGAUCUUUAUGGCCAGCGCGGCUCCUAGUUUCAUCAGCCAGGUCGUGACGGAGAAGAGGCCCCUUGAUACUGUCGCCGUCGGUGUCGUCAGCAGGGUCUUUGAGACGGUUGGGCUGAGCUUGUUCCUCACCUGGUGGGGAACGCGCACCAACCCCUUCGACUAA